AUGAACAAAAUUUGGUCUGUAGCAGGACUACCUAAUUUGUGGGAAUUUAACGUAUAUCAUAAGAAAUUAUACAAAUAUUUUCAUAGAUUUUUAACACUGUGCAUAUUUAUUUUUAUAAUAUUGGAAAUCGCGGCAUUUUUCACACAGUCUUCUUUAUCAGAUAGACAAUCAAAUGACCUGAUAAUAUUCAGCUUAUCACACCUUGUUCUUAUAAAUUAUUACGUAGUUAUAGAAUACCAUAAGAAAAAGUUAAAAGAUUUAAUUUUUAAGCUGUGCACAUCUUUAAAAAAUGUGUACAAUGAUCCUGAUAUACAAAUGCGAAUGAUCAAGAAGACUUCUUACUACACAAUUGCUCAUUUUGUUACAUACGACACAAAAAUAACGUUAGCCUAUAUUUUGCCAGAUGGAUCAUUCAUAACAGUGGUUACAGGCUGGCCCGAUACUGAAGACAACAGCGCUUCGGCUAACCUUAUGCGCUUUAUUAUUUACAUCAUCUGGUGGAUUUUUAUGAUUAGGGCAACGGCUGCCAUCACGGUAAUCAUUAUGAUAACAAUAUCUCUCAGUCACCAGUACAAAAACUUACAAAGUUACUUCUAUAGUCUCAAUGAGAUAUUUCAAGAUAAUUGUGAUGAAAAUGACCUAACUGAAAAAGAGGAUAAAUAUGUCAAAGCCCUUAAAAUUGGUAUUAAGUUGCACUCUGAUACGUUAUGGUGUACAAAACAAUGUCAAAUGACAUGCAGCUCAGUUAUCAGUGGGCAAAUACUUAUAACCGUGUCCGUUUUGUGUCUUCUGAUGUUGCAAAUGAACUCGGAACGUACGCUUACGAACGUUUUGACCAUUAUCACCACCAGCUCAGCUGUUCUGACCAGUAGUGGCUUUGUUAUGUGGAACGCUGGUGACAUCACCAUAGAAGCAGCUCUUGUCCCAACUGCCAUGUUUUCAUCCGGUUGGCAGCACUGCCGAGGCUCCACAUCCGAAAGAGUUAGGAAGUUGCUGUUUGUGGCAAUGACCCAGGGACAAAAGCACAUUUUUUUACGGAGUUUUGGAGUUGUUGAGAUAUCAUAUACGUCAUAUGUGUCGAUCGUGAAAUCAUCGUAUUCAGCCUUUUCUUUCCUGUAUUAA